AUGUAUUUUGCUUGGGUUCGAGCAAUUUGCGAAUUGCAUGGCUGGAAGCAUACGGAACCUCCUUUGAUAUGGAAGCAAUAUGGAAUAAGUGGUACCAAGGUCACUUAUGUGGGCGAUAUUGACAAGUUUCGUGAACUUUUGCUUGAAUAUUACAAUAUACGUUUUGAUCUUACGAAAGAGGAACUGGAAAACUUAAAAACAGAUCUAUUGCGCGUAAGCUUGUAUCCUCGUUAUGGGUUACAGGCACACGAAAUAGAAAAGAAAAUUGGCUAUUUGGAUACACAGAAUGAAUGCCGUCGUGUGACUAUUAUAAGUGCCGAUAGAUCGCUUUGUCUAGACCUAAUUCCUCAAUUAAUGGCAAUAAAAGAAUUACGUUUGUCACGUGGGAGUGUCCUUAGUUUAUAUGACGAGACAAAAAAGUUUUCGAAGCUUGAGGAAAUAAUGAAGGACGUAAAAAAUAUCGAGGAUUUAAAUGUAACAGUCAUAGAAGAUUUAUCAAUUGGAUUAUACGACUGCGAUAUAUUAAUAUUUCUUGAGGACAUGUCGAGGGGAAGGUACGAGGAACACGAUACCUGGUAUCAGAGGAAUUACGAGCGCAUGAGGAUGUUGUCGCAACAAAUUAACGAGCGUGCUCCAUUUCACAUGAAGAUCAUAUUCUGCUCUGUUGGCCCAACAUGCCUCUGCGCUACCAUCCUGCGGAAUCUCGUAACAAAUAAAUUACUUCGAAUGAGUAUCGUUGCCGUUAGCGCUCAUUACGGAUUGAAAGUAAUGCACGAUUUCACGGAGUCUCUUGGCAUGAAUCAGCGGAAUUUUGGUUGCCCUCCGGUAUGGGGAUUUCUGGAUGUGUGCCAUAUGAUUCAAAAAUGUGAUGACGUAUACAAACGGCGAAACGGCGAUGCUUCAAAAGCGAAGGGAAGGACGAUUUUAAAAUCAUCAGAAAUCGAGCGAGCAGAGUUAAAAUGGUUUUUUUCCUGUAAGAAUAAUAAAAAUCUCUAUGAGGAUUAUUUACGGCAUAAGAUCACUAUUGAACAUCAAGCGGAUCGACGAAAAGAGAAUGCGCAGAAGUGCAAAGCUAUUUGCGAUCUGUUAAAGUUAUGGUAUAGAGAAAGUAUUGGCGAUGAAAUUAUAGCUCUAGGAAUUUCGUCCGAUGGUAGUUUUGGUAUUCCGAAUGGAAUAGUGUUUUCACAACCAGCCUGUUUGAAGAUUUCGGACAACGGUACGCGAAUUUGGAUACCUUAUUGUGAUUUUCCCUUGCCGGAUAUACCUGUGUCGAUAUUUCACAAUUUGAUUUGCACAGCUGUGAUGAUUACACGACGGCUAAUGAACGCAGAUAAAAUCUAAAUUUUUAAAAACAUCGAAAAAUAUUUCGCUUGUUUAAAUUCAGAGAUUAUCGAAUAUCACAGCAAUAAAUAAGCGAUUAAAGCCG